GGCAAGAUCACUCAGUCUUGAGGAACAAUCGGUCGCAAGCGGGUCGUACUAACUAUCUCUCCGGGUGUCGUUGGAAUUGUUUCGGUCGAAUUUAAAAACUCCUCCGCCUAACAGCACAGUUUGUCGCGCAUUUAAAUCUCCAGCGAGGUUAUUUCGGUCUCUUAUGUGCAUACAGAUCUAUGGCAAACCGCCAAACAUAAACAAGAAAAGUGGACCUCCUCAAAGUGUCUGAUCGCGAGAAGUACGGCAGUGGGUCGUCGAAUGUUGAACCAGUUUGGGCGCCGAAUUUUGAACCAAUCCUGCUGAUCGAUACCCGUUUGAUUGACUACUUUUUGAAACUAUUCUGUGUGCAAUCCGAUAGCGGAACAAUUCGCACUUGAAAAAAAGAACCACGAAGACCGUGAUACAUCAGCCAGAUUAACAUUUCUAAUAACAGUGCUUGCAGUAAAGAUAUAGUUUGCGGGUUUCGUGAGAAAGGUACAAUGAAGUACACGAAAGCGAUAAGCCCGGCAGACGAGUACAAAUUCCCGUACGAUGAAGCGCUGCAGAAACUAGCCGAGGAAGAGUUGGGAGAAACGGAGGAUCGCCGAAAGCACGCACUGGAGGCGCUUCGAGAAUGGGCCGAGAAAAAUCCACGCAUCGCAAAAAUCCGAAUGGAUUCCGUUUUCCUGUUGAAGUUUCUUCGGGUAAAGAAAUUUAGUAUUCCCAUGGCUCAGGAAAAUAUCGAACGAUUCAUACUGCUGAGACACACGAAGGAUGGCGAGUUGUUCACGAGCCUAGAUUGCCGGAUGCCAAAGAUGGCGCGUUUAUUGGACCUGGGUUACAUGUUUGCUUUGCCCAAGCGCGACAAAAACAAUCGCCGAAUAAUGUUUUACCGCCCAGGAGUUUUUGAUUUGAAUGAAUUUAGUAACGCUGACAUGUUGCGAAUCCAUGGCAUUUGUUACGAAACACUGCUGGCCGACGAAGAGAACCAAAUUCGAGGAAUUGUGCACGCUGGAGUUGGCUCCGGCAUCGGAUUGCAAUAUUUAACUUUGUUCACGAUCAAGGAAGCGGUCAGGAUCGCGAAGAAUGGGGAAAAAUUGCUCCCGAUGCGUCACUGUGAGAUGCACGGUUGCAACAUCAAUCCGGCCCUUAAGAUAGCCGUCGAUUGGGGACUAUCGUUGCUAUCGGAUAAACUUCGUAAACGGACACGCCUUUACACGGAUAUUAAGGAUAUCGAAAUGGACAAAUCCCUGCUGCCGAAGGAGUAUGGCGGAGAAAUGCCGAUGGCUGAAAUGAUCCGACUGUGGAAGGAGGAGGUUGAGGCUUACCGAGCUACGCUACUGCGUGACGACCAAAUGGCUGUCCAUCUGCACAUGUAUUCGGAAGCAGCUCGGGAAGGAUCGGUAACAGCUCUCAAGCAGAACUUGAAUGCUUGCUCGACAACGAAAAGUACGAGCAGCCAGUAUGGAUUGGCGGGAAGUUUCCGGAAGCUAGAGGUUGAUUAGAGUAAUAUUAAGCGAACGAUUUUAGCUGGUGGUUGUCAAAAUAGGCUAGGAAUUUAAUGUAAGUUUAAUUACAAACGGAUAAUAAAAAUGAUUUGA